GGCAGGCACGGCGGGUACGCACGGCCGGCACCGCGGAGUCUCCCUGCGCUCGGCGGCCCCGGGAUCCCAGCGCGGAGCCACGCGACACGCGGACGCACCGACGCCCACCCGGCCGAGCCGAGACCCAACGAUGACUCUGAAUAAUGUCACCAUGCGCCAGGGCCCUGUGGGCAUGCAGCCACAACAGCAGCGCUGGAGCAUCCCUGCCGAUGGCCGGCAUCUGAUGGUCCAGAAAGAGCUCCACCAGUACAGCCACCGCAGCCGCCACUCUGCUGCCCCCGAGGACCACUGCCGCCGAAGCUGGUCCUCCGACUCCACAGACUCAGUCAUCUCCUCUGAGUCAGGAAACACCUACUACCGGGUGGUGCUCAUAGGGGAGCAGGGGGUGGGCAAGUCCACUCUGGCCAACAUCUUUGCGGGUGUGCACGACAGCAUGGACAGCGACUGUGAGGUGCUGGGAGAAGAUACAUAUGAGCGAACCCUGAUGGUUGAUGGGGAAAGUGCAACAAUUAUACUCCUGGAUAUGUGGGAAAAUAAGGGAGAGAAUGAGUGGCUCCAAGACCACUGCAUGCAAGUCGGGGAUGCCUACCUGAUUGUCUACUCAAUCACAGACCGAGCGAGCUUUGAGAAGGCAUCUGAGCUGCGAAUCCAGCUCCGCAGGGCCCGGCAGACAGAGGACAUUCCUAUAAUUUUGGUUGGCAACAAAAGCGACUUAGUGCGGUGCCGGGAGGUGUCUGUAUCAGAAGGGAGAGCGUGCGCUGUGGUGUUCGACUGCAAGUUCAUCGAGACCUCUGCGGCUGUCCAGCACAAUGUGAAGGAGCUGUUUGAGGGUAUUGUGCGGCAGGUCCGCCUUCGACGGGACAGCAAGGAGAAGAACGAGCGGCGUCUGGCCUACCAGAAAAGAAGGGAGAGCAUCCCCAGGAAAGCCAGGCGCUUCUGGGGCAAGAUCGUGGCCAAAAACAACAAGAAUAUGGCCUUCAAGCUCAAGUCCAAAUCGUGCCAUGACCUCUCUGUGCUUUAAGUACCCAGAGUCACCCAAAUGUCCACCUGAUGGACAUCAUUGAAGGCCAUUGGGGCCGAUAAUCUAUAUUAGAUUGAAUACCUGAGUAUUAUUAGAUGUGGCUUCCCCCAUUGCAGCCAGGAACUUAUGUAUUAGCCUCACGGGCAACAUGAUGCAUGGGAAAUGAAAGAGCUUUUGUCAAGAGUCAGUAUUUAUUUACAGGAAAAGCCUGACCUUGCUACUUGAACACCCAAGACUCAUUAGAGGAUGUGUUUGGUGUUCAGAUAUGUUUCUUCUCUCAUUUAGAUAGUAGAGAAUGGAUGCUUACAGAAGAAUGCCUAGAACAAGAACUUCUCAUCAUUAACAUUUUGCCAAAUGUUCCAAUGGGUCAUAAAAAAAUGUGACUGUGAGUCCAAUGGGUCAUAAAAAAAUGUAUAGAAAAGCUGUGUCAAAGGGUUUAUUCCAAGAAGGGAGAACUUUCUAUGUACCUUAUAUCUAUGGAGCUAGAAUUGUAGAAUUGGACUUACCAGAAUCAUGAUUAUUAUUGCUCCAUCAAACUGUGAAAAGAAAUGAUGACACUUGCUGAAACUAAAGCUUAGCAAACAAGUUUUGUUCAAUGCCCACAGAGAUUUGUAGGAUUGGGAACUGAUAUAUGUACCACUUGUAGGUUCAAAUUUAUAUCUUAUGUGUCUUAUUGUUUUUUAUUUAGGGGAAAGUUAUUGGAAUCAAAUUCUACUUAGUCAAACCACCUUUUAUGUUUUAUUAUUUUUGAAAUCAUGGAGCCAUCAUACAAUUAUUUUUAAAAUCAGAAGUAUUGAUACCCUGGAGUGCAAAAUGUCACUUUUUAACAUAUAAUCAAAAGUCUGAAUUUUUAUAAAACACAUGACAUAAAAACUUCCAGUACUUUGGGUUGACCCUUGUAUGCCACAGCUCUGCUCUAUUUAUUAUUAUUUUGCAAAAUAACCAUUUUAACGUUUGAUAAAAGCAUAUUUAUGACCAUAUUUCUUAUAAGAAAAAUGUUCAUUUUAUUACCAUUUUAUAUCUUUUUCAAAAUAUGCAAGUUUUUACUUAUAUGUCUUAUAAUAAAAGAAAUAAAAUGUUGAAAAAAA